AUGAAGUUCUUCACCAUCGCUACCGCUCUGGCCACUGUUGCCCUUGCUGCCGAGGUCGGCGCCCCUGUCUCGCAGAUUGCCGACGGUCAGGUCCAGGUCGGCACCCAGCCCGCCGCCCAGCCUACUACCGCUCAGCCCCAGCCGUCGGUCCCUGCUGUGCCCUCCGUGCAGCCCUCCGUCCCCUCGGUCCAGUCCUCCGUCCAGCCUGAGCCGUCUGUUCAGCCCCAGACCUCCGCCCAGCCGGAGCAUGCCAGCACCGUCAGCUGUGAGCCCGCGCCCGAGCCGGCAUCGUCUAACCCGCUCCCCUCCGGCACCCCCAUCAACCCCGGCGGCGGUGGCGUCGUCCCUGUCCCCAGCAGCGGCAGCACUGCGGUCCCCGUGCCCGGCCCCAGCAGCACCGGCACCGCCGUUCCUGUUCCCGCCCCCAGCGGUACUGCCCCCGUUCCCAGCGUGAGCAGCGGCGUGGCCACCGGCACUGGUGUCGUCCCCUCCGUCACCAGCACCGCUAGCGCCAACCCGACCACCAGCCAGCCCGUCACCGCUGGUGCCGGUCGUGUCGCUGGUGGCGCUGUCGCAGCUGUUGCCGUCGCUGUUGCUCUGCUGUAA